AUGGGCCUCAAACUGCAGGGAGACGAAAGGUUACCUCAAAUAGAAGCUGCUCACCUGAUUCGUGACCUGAAAAGCUGCGGUGCCUGCGGCAGCGAGGACGCGGGCGGCGAGGUCCCCACCGCAGCCGGGGGCCCAGGCUCCAGGAAGCGCAGUGGGAGUUUCUCCCGUCUGCCGCAAGAGCGUGGCCAAGAACUUGGUGUAGUUCUUUGGAGAGUGUUGGUGCAAGUUACGCCCCGUUCUGUAAAUGCUGAGUGUGUGAAAUGGAGUAAGCUGCCUGGUGGUGGUUUUAUUAAAUUUUACUCACUGUGUUGUCGCAAAAGUGCAAGUUCGUUCCCGGUGUGCAACGACCAAUCUCACACGCUGAGACGAGAUAUUCCCUACAAAGCUGCGCAAGUUGGGACGCUCGAUGUUGGGGGUGCAGCAGAUAAGAUUAAUUUAAUACCUCAAGACUUUUUUGCGGAACUGUGUGAACAAAUAAUUCAACAUCUGAACAAUAAAAUCCCAGGUGUAAAUACAGCUGAACUGUGUCAGAGAAUUCAAGCAACGGGGAUUGAGAUUAAUGUUGGUGACCUCGCAAAAAUAGCUAACGUUGUUUCCUUUCUAUUUAGCACAGCAGCCAGAAACAACCUCUCUACGGAAGAACUCGUCACCACCUUGGGCAAUGCAGUCAGCACGCUGCCCAAACACAUAGUCCAAGUUAUUCGUCACGUAUGGAAUGAGCAGGGCAAAUCCAUUAGUGUGUCAGAAGAUGUAAGAAAUAUGGACACAGUGGGGCAGUUUGUAGAUAUUAAAUGGAAGCUGGGAGUUGCGAUGAGCUCCGACACCUGCAGGUCUCUGAAGUAUCCUUAUGUUACAGUGACACUAAAAGUGGCAGACCCUUCAGGACAAAUAACAGACAAAUCUUUUGAAAUGACGAUCCCACAGUUCAAGAACUUCUUCAGACAGUUCAAGGAAAUGGCAGCUGUUCUUGAAACAGUUUGA